CAUUUUUUCGACGAAAGAUGAGCAAAGUGUUAUGUUUUAUUUAUUUUAGUGCAGCUUGAUGUCUGAUCUUGACGUUGAUUGAUAAUCACGAUAUUUACAAAGAAUCAUGUUGUGAGAAAUUUCUUUCCGAUGACCUUCCAUAUCUGAAAUGGCUACUCUGGGGGCUGCCAGCAUUCAACUUUUUCAUGAGUUGAAAAUUAAGUACCCUGAAGUGCCAGAUGAGGUUGUGUCAAGUCGAAUGAAAGAGAAUGGAAAUAAUCGUGAAAAGUGUAUGAAGGCUUUGCAGCAGGACAGUUCUAAAUAUUUAUAUGGACGUUCAAGUCCACCAGGAAGGUUAACCAAUGAUGUGCAUAGACAGGUAGAGGGGCUUACCAUCAGCAAACCUUCUCAACAGAGUACUGUACAGCACCAUGUGAUAAAAGAGAAUCGGGAUGCAGUGACCAGUGUGUCGUGGCCACCUUUAGGCAGUGAGUGCGAUCCUAACAAUGGACUCAAGCCCAUGGCGUCUGUUGGUGGACAGCAAGUGCCUCACACAGCACCUGUGUUGCCCAGAGACUUGAAUCCUUUCGUAAACGAAAGCUCCUCUGCUAAACAGAUACCAAAUAUCAACUGUCACAGUGGCGUGGAAAACUCGGGGGCAGGUUCACCUCAGUCGACGGGAAGUCCCUCCGAAGGGAGACGUGCCGUCAAGGUUUUACACAUGCCUUCUACAUCAAAAUCUUCUGGAGUGGGACAAACACAACCGGGUUCAUACAUGUAUAAAAUUCAGAUAGAAGACGGUGGCGGCGUUUGUACGGUUUUGCCUUCUCAGCCCUCUCAGAUAUCUUCUCCAAAAUGGCCAAGGUCCAUUUCCAAUGAGUACUUGUUGGAAAGAGUGCCCACGCCUCAGUCUUGUGUUCCCGUUCCCCAUGUUUCUGUGUCUUCAAACCAACAACAGACUCACUCUACACAAAAGACGUUUUUUAUCGGUAGAAACAAUAGUAAUACUGGUCAAGUCAGUCCAGAUCGGACAAGUACGAACACGAAUCAGCUCACGUCUUACAAUAGUGACCAACAUCUUAACGUGCAGCAACAAGGUUUUGUUGCGUCGGGACAUACAUCUCCAGUGCCUGGAUAUUCGGGGGCGCCCCAGUCUGGGCCCCAGGGCUUUCAUAGACCCUUGUUUGUGGAACUGACGAGCUCUGGUCCAGAAGGAGCUCAGACACAACUGCGUUACUUCCCUACGGCCCAUGAUAGGUCACCAAAUGUAAAUACGUUUUCUGGAUCUCCUUUGUUAAAUUCUAACAGGUAUGGAGGGAGCGGUGUGCCCAGCAAUCCACCAUCGGCCCACUACCAGACUGGUGCCUCGUUCCAAUUACCGCCUAACCAGAAUGUUGUUGCUGGGCACCACAUUCAAAGCUCACAGUCUGCUUACGUCUACCCCCACUAUCCAUCACAAGUAACAUCUAAUAUAUCCCACCAUGGCGUGCCGGUGCUGGGUGGCCAUGUGGAAAGUGAACAAGGUAAUAUUGUGAUGCAGACAUCCCCAGAAGGGAUGGCAUUUUAUUCACCUGGUCCUAUAUCUCCAGCUUCGAGUCACAGCAGUCUGAGUUCAGAAUCCUCCAACAGGGACGGCACAAAUCAAAGACCAAGAUCAGGGAGUAUGCAGGAAGAGACUGCAUAUAUUCAAGCUUUGCUUGUCCACCAGCGUUCCAGAAUGGAGAAGCUUGAACAAGACUUUAACAAUGAACUGCAUACUGUAGAAAAGCUCCGAAAUGAGGUUUCACAAAUGGAAGAAAAUAUGGGAGAAAGAAGUGCCAGAAGAAACAGUUUUCCCACGACGGAUGACAUUGCCAGGGUGCGACAGGUUAAUAGAAAAGUGCAGACCGACAUUCAAGUCAUGAUUAAUGAAUUAGAUAUGUACAGAAAUGGCCAAACACCAUUCAGCAUUAUUGAUCCAAUGGGUCAGCAGAAUUUCUUCUUGAAUAUGCCCACGGGACAGAGAAAUUCCAUAUAUUCGCAAUUGCCUCCACCUUCUGGUUCGAGAAACAGUGAGUCCCCUCCACCAGUGCCUCCACGACUAGCCCAUAUUCCCCCCGCUCCCCCCGCACAGGAGCCGACAGGAUCUACCGACUCGGAGGACGGAGAACAGUGGAGCUGCUCAGCGUGCACGCUCCUCAACCAUCCGGCACUCAACAAGUGCGAGUGCUGCGAGAUGCCGCGCGUCACAAAAGGUUCAUGAUGUUGUGGAAUGUUUGCACCAUACAGAGCCUUGCGAUUUGCGACCACUAGAGUUGUCUCCCCUGCUGUUCAUUCAUUCAUCUGUUCUGGUGAAGGUUGAUUUGAAAGCAUGGUCCUGCAUUUUGGAUAGAUAUCACUCAUUCAUUCUAACCUUCAAUUUGCUUAUUUUAUUCAUUUUAUAAAAUGAAAAUUUGUGCCAUGGCCAUGUUCAAUUCUUAGAAGUCACUUUUAUUUGUAUUUGCUUGGGUUUUUUUUUUAUCUGAUUAUGAAACCGCCUGCAUUUUGACACAUUUAUAUAUUCAAUACAGUGACUUCGGAUUUUUAUCAGUACUGAUGAAAAUAAUUUGUCUCAAGUAAAAGGAUUACUGUCCUAUUUUUAUAGCUAACUAUUGCAAUGUUGCUGUUUUUAGUCUUGUUUUUUCAAAGAAGGAUAAAGUUCACAUAGUUAUUUGGGUUUACAUCUCGUAAACAUCUUGGUUAAGAUUUUUUUCAGGAUUAAGCAUUUACCUAUAACCUUUUUUGUAAUGUGGUUGCAGUUUUUGUGGACAUUCCAUAUAUUGGAAUAAGACAAUCAUAUUGUUUUGGGUUUUUUUUUCUUAAUGAGCUAAUCUACUCUGGCAUUAAAUAAUUAAUGUGGGUACUUCUUGUAAGUACAAGUCUGCAAUAUAAAAAGUAGGUCACAGUGAAUUUAAUGUGUGUUUCUGACUUCAAUACGUGGUUAUAGCUGAUGCACAUGCAUGGAUAUUUGAAAGUUUGUUAGAGUGAGUCUGUUUUACUAAGUCUACUGUUGACGUUUUAGACAAUUGAGUUGUUCAACUUACCAGUGUUUACUAUAGACCAAUCUAGACUGACGCACAACUAUGAACAAACCAGUUGGCCAACUCUCCUAAACAACACGAGGAAUGUGCCAUUGGAUUGACAGCUGAUAGAUAGUUCGUAUCCUAUUCUGGGCAUGGAAUUUUACAUACCACAACAUGCAUGUCAAAUUAGGUUGAAUAGGUGUUCCCAGCAAACCAUAGAAUACACUGCCAACUUCAAGUCUGUAGAAUUGCGGGUUGCAUGCAUACUAUGGAAAAUCGUUGGGACUGAUUUAUUUUUAAAAUUGGAUUCAACACCUGUCUUGAGAAUUGUAGAAGUUAGGCCAGACCAAGGAAGCACUUGCACUAUCAACUAAACAGUCAUCAAGUGGAAACGUUGGCCAACUUAGUGGAAUCCAUACACAACAGUGGACUUUAAAAAAAAUUGAUGAUAAUGUGAAAACGAUAAGAAAUAUCAAGUCUGAAGCAUAUUAAACUUAAAGCAAUGUUUUAUCUUAAAUUAUAUUUAUUAAAUUUUGUCAAUAUUUGAAUUAAUUUGAAAACCGAUUUCAUUUUAUGAGAUAACAUGAACUUGCCACCUCACUUUAUUAACUUUGGUAAUAUUUAAAUGUUUGUUUCUGUCAUUUGUAAAAAUAGGGAUAGGCCUUAAUUGUUUUAUACACUUUUUGCCUGUUGGCCAAUCUCUAAACCACUUUUUUUCUGUAUUUGAUGACCAUAAAUAUUGUACAAAUAUUAGUUUUUAAAAAUAAUUUUAUCAAGUGUUUUUUUUUUUUAAGUGAUAACGCAGAAUUGAAUUAUUUUGUUUUUAAAAAUAAAACUUUUAAAAUCAAUUCCUUCUUUCAUGGGAGGCAUUGGGGUGAAUGUGAUAAAAGAAAUUUUUCACCAAUAUAUUUUCUCACUUUGUAACAAAUUUAUUUUGUAAUGCCGACAUUAGCUUUAACGGUUCUGUAGCUUGUGAAAUAUUUGGCUAUGUAUAUUCCUAGGAAAAAACCCCAACUUGAUUGGAACAGUUGCAUUGUAAAUGUCAUAACUUAACAUUGAAUGACAUCCAUUUUAGUAGAGCAACUGUUAAUAACAAUGGGAAGAUUUCUUGUGACAAACCUGAAUGGUAUUUGUGUGUUCAUACAUGUAUAUACAAUAUAUUAUAAAUAUAUAUAUAUAUUAAAAAAAAAGCAUUGUGAUAGUUUUCAUUUAAGAGACAAUUUUUUCCAUCACUUUUGAUACUGAACUCUCAACUACUUCUAUGGCCAAUAUUUGAAAACCUGUUGGUAGAGUUGUUAAGCUUGUGCAGGAAUGUUCUACAGUUUGUGUGUUAAACCUAUACAGGGUUUAAGCUGGACUUCCAAAUUGGCAUCUUUGGUCAGAUAAAUUCGUCUCAUUUUGUCAAACAAAAUAUACCAAAACUAAAGCUUUUAUUUGUAUUUAGACCUUUAAAAAAAUGUGUUUCCAGGAACAUGCCCCCCUCCCAAAAAAAACAAUAUAUAUGAUAAGUUGGCUUUUAUUUUAAUUUUUUCCUGCAUUCAUCCCUGUGGGUCCAGAUAAGAUGUUCCAUAUAUACUCUUGUGAUCUACAUAUUAAUUAAAAAAAAAAUUAAACAUUUCAAAUUGGGGUUGGUCCUUUUUUUUUUCUAGGUAGGGUUGGGUUCCCGAACACUAUUUUUCUUUAGGCCGUAUUACAUUUUCAAAUUAAUUUUUGAAUAUAUAGUGAGGUAAUAUGUUUGCCAAAUUAAACUUUGGUAAUUUAGUGAAUGACGGCUUAAACCCUGGUUAUGCAAUUGUUAACUGAUGAUGGAAUCUCAUGAUUUGCAGAGAUCAUGAUUACGAUGAUGUCCGUUAUUUUGUCUCGGAUGUGCUGAACAGAAUUCUUUUCUGUGGUAUUGUGAUUUAAAUGACCAACAAAAAACCCAAAACCAAAUAAUCUUUUAGACAUUGGGCUCACCAAAUGUUGAAAUUUAAACCAAACUACAGGAUUAAAGUCCUUACAGAGACAGAUUGGUAAGUGUCAACUAGCCUUACACCAAUGUGCUUCUGUAAAUCAACAUAUUUGUUCAAGCUGAAAUAUGAAAGGAUAUAAGAAUAGAGGAUGUGCAAUUGAAAAAGUAAUGGAAAAAUAGUUGAUUCGGUAUAGCAAUCCCAAUUCCUUAUAUCUAUGAAGUAAUUAAAUGUGAUAUCUUUUCAGUGUUAUAUUUCCAUUGUCUGGCAUUAUAAUAAAUACAAAAAUGUAAAGUUGGUGUCCGAAUAUAAAUAAUUUAAAUAGCAAAUGAUGUGCAUGCUUGAUUAGUCGCAUUCAUUUAAACCAUUCCGGUGGUAAGUCCUUGAAUAUGAAUUGUGAUGAUUUUAAAAUAAAAACAAGCCAACUUCUCAUGUUUUAUCAGUUCACAGCUGGUGGAACAAUAUUACUUACCGUAGUAUGCAAAAUAUUCUCUUUUGAUAAUUAUAACAUGUUGGUGUUUCACAUAUUACAUAUUACAACUGAAAUAAUUGACCAAAAGUAAAUAAAGAUUAACAGGGUCCAAAAAUAAAUAACAAAUGUUUCUUUAAAAUUAAACACUUUUUUAUAUAUCAUAAAACUGUAUUAUUCAGUUUGUUUAUUAUUCCAUCUAAGUAAGACUUUAUUUACAUUAGUAAGGAUUGUCUGUUAUUUCUCUUACAUUCAUCGGGUUAUAAACAAAAACAAAUCAUCCACAAACACUGAAUCGGCGAAGCUUUUCUUAAGUUUGUGGAUUUUUAAUAAAAAAAUUCCUGCAUACCCAGAUGAACAUAAAAGAAAUAACAGACAAUAGUUGUAAUUAAAUUUAAAUCAUACUUGCUAAUAAUAACACUAAAAGUCCAUACUUUUAUUUUGAUUUAUUUUUGGUCCAUAAACAACAACACUCGGUAAGACAACUUGCCCAUAUAAAAUGACAUCAUCAGAUAUUACGUUCCCUGACGAUGUAAUUUUUAAGAUGAUCGAGAAAUGAAUAAACUCCUGUUGCUUAGUCUGGACCAAUGGGAUGAUGUUAUAUUGUAAUGAUAGUAAAAGAAAUUUAAUUAUAAAUGCUUGGAUGGAAUACUUUAAUGGUGUGUCCCAAAAUGACCCAAUUGGUCAAAUUCGGCAUCAGAAGUAAAUCAACUGCUUUGAAAUAUGAAAAACGGCAUAGGUUAAAUAUGAAAUAGUUUUUGAAUUCAGGAAAGGGGAAUCAUUCCUGCUAGGAUUGUUACUAACAGGAAUUGUUGUGUGAUAACUAUUGACAAACCAAAGAUGUAUGCAGUUAUCUGAUUUGGCUAAAUGAAAAAAAAGAUACAGUUGAGAAGAAACAUGGGGUUUAUUUACGGUACAUUCUGUUUUCAAUAUGCAUGUUUAAGAGUGGAAUAAAGAUACAGUUGAGAAGAAACAUGGGGUUUAUUUACGGUACAUUCUGUUUUCAAUAUGCAUGUUUAAGAGUGGAAUAAAGGCUUUUGGAGAUAUAUUCUAGUUCAAAAAGACCUUCCACAUUUAUUGGUUCCUAACCAAAUCACAUGGUGCAUAAUUAAUUCUGUAUUUUUUAGUUUUCAUUUACAAGUGGACUAUAAGGCUAGAAUUGAAAAAAACUUUUGUAAGCAUAAUGGCAUUUUCAGCAAUUUGUUUCUGAAGAGGAAUGUCAGUUUUAGCUAAUUUAUGACAUUAGUUAAUACAGACAUUUGAAUAAAACCGUGUAUCUUUAUAGUGAUGGAAGAACAAUACCUUCUGCUUGGAAAUAACCAAAUGUGUUUUUACUGACACUUGUAUAACGACCGUGUAAAAUACCUGCUAUAUUGUAUUGUGCUUUACAUAGAUAUUUAUUACAUAGUAUAAUUAUUUCAAUGCCAACUAAACAUACAUAGUGCUCAAAUGUGUCGGUAUAAAACCAAAAUGAAACACAUUGGCUUAUGCUCAAAUAAUAGUUGAUGUAUUUAUGCAGAUAGUGAAUAUUUACUGGUGAAAUUACUUAUUAACAUAGGUCUUUACGACAGCAUGAUGACACUACCAAAUCAAAUGGUCAUCCAUGAAGAAAUAAUUUAUUUUGACUCUGCUCAAUACAGCUACAGGUAUAUUAAGGCUAAAAAUAUUUAUUUAAAUGUAGACAUAUUCAUAUUCAGAAACCAAAUUCAUUGUGGUAAUUACUAAGGAAAGAAACAAACAAGCCUAUAAAAUAUAGCCUAGCUAAACACUAUUUUAUACUGAAUUAGCCAAUGUGUAAUUAUUGCAAUUUUGUCAGCAUGUCACAGCGUGAGGUGUUGAUAACGGUGAUUUUAUCAGAGCACAUGUGAUCCCUUAUUAGAUAUUGCUGUUCUAACUGAGUGCUUGUUAUAGAAAAUUAUGUGGUGCUUCUAUAUGCUGGAUGUGCACGAUUGAGAUGGUUGCCAGUUAAUAUAUGUAAAAUGCAUAAAUGGAUUUACUCUUGUACAUGGCACAUAUGCAAUACCAUGUACAAGAAGGUAAUAAAACAUUGAAACUUG